AUGAGCUCGGGCCCCGAGCCCCGGACAGCCCGCACACCCUUCAGCAUCGCGGAUAUCCUAGGCCCUGGCAUGGCCCCUCGAGGACCCUCUGCGCCGCAGCUUCCAGAGUCCAGCCCAGGUCCCACGUCGCCGCUGUGCGCGCUGGAGGAGCUGACUAGCAACGCUUUCCGCGGACUAGACGGGCUCGCCCUGCAGCGCUCCGAAGGCCGCGCGGCCCCGGGCGCUCUGGGCCACGGCCCCGCGGGCCGCAGACGGCGCAAGUCCCGCACGGCGUUCACGGCGCAGCAGGUGCUGGAGCUGGAGCGGCGCUUCGGGUUGCAGAGGUACCUGGCGCCCCCGGAGCGGGACGGGCUGGCGGCGAGGCUCGGCCUGGCCAACGCGCAGGUCGUCACGUGGUUCCAGAACCGGCGCGCCAAGCUCAGGCGCGACGUGGAGGAGAUGCGCGCCGAUGUGGCCUCGCUGCGCGCGUUGAACCCCGAAGUCCAGGGCCGCCUCGCGCUGCCAGACAGCGCCCGCGGCCUCGGCCUGGGCCCGGAGCGGCCGGACUCCGGGCCCCGCCUGUCGGACGAGGAGAUACAGGUGGACGAUUGA